AUGAGGAGCCUACGAAAACUCGUGGUUUUCGCUCUCAUUGCAGUGACGAGGGCCCAAGAUAAUGCAACAGAGACGAAGCCUGAAGAUUGGGAGGCCGACCAGUGCGAUUGUUACCUAACAGAUGGCAUUGAACCAGAAUAUUACACGGAGCAUCGGUUCUGGGACUUUAGAAAUCUUGGAGAAUACGCUGGAAUUCCGGAUACGAUCGCUGGAGAGAACGCAUCGGCUGAAGCCGACGUGACGAGCAAAUACUUCAGGAAGAAGGAAUGGAAGAGCUUUUGGUCCAUUCAAAGUUGGAGCAACCGAAGAAGUCACGACACUCUUGCUUACGGCGCGAGAUUCCCCAUGGUCAACUCGGCAAACAACAUUUAUAUCCGGACCAACAUAGACAAGAACCCCGCGUCAAAAACCUACCUCUCCAUGCGAACGAACCGACAACAAGACUUUCAAGUCGCAUCCGAAUUUGACUCAAUUGAUCGCUUCCAGUUUCUCUCCAUCAGAUUCCUCGGUCGCGUGAGAGGUGCACCUGGCGCCUGCAUGGCAAUGUUCACCUACGUCCCCGCCGACGAGAUCAAGAACGUCCAAGAAGCCGACAUGGAGAUUCUCACCCGUGAAGACUACGAUCGGGUUCACUACACGAAUCAUCCAGGAUACAGCAUUGAAGGCGAAGUGUACCCCAAAGCGACACGCAACACAACACUCCCCGAUAGUCUCGAGUGGAACGAAUGGGUAGAACAUCGCAUGGACUGGACACCAACCCAAUCAAUCUGGUACGCCAACGGCAAACAAGUCGCCAACAUCUCAUUCCAAGUACCACGCGAUCCAUCUCUUAUGAUAUUCAACACAUGGGGUGACGGUGGCGUUUGGACGCAGAAUAUGACGAUGGGUGAAGAAGCAUACAUGGAGAUGCAGUGGCUUCAACUUCUGUACAACACCAGCGAGACAUCGGAUAAGCGCAAGCGAGAUGGCGCUGGGCCGAAGGGGAGGUUUUUGAGGAAGAGGGGAGAUGAGAAUGUUUGUAGGAUAGUGUGCAGUAUUGAUGAUGAGGAUGAUGCUGGGGUAGUGACGUGGCUUUGGGGGAAUAAUACGGCGAGUAGUCUGUUGGCGGGGAGGAGUGUUGGUGCGAGUUUAGGGGGGUUCAUAAGCUGGGGUUUGGGCUUGGUUGUAUUGGCGAGAUGGAUUUAA